ACCAGCUCAUACUCUACGCUCCUGGAGUGUAUAUUAAGACCGGCCGGGCAGGCAAAAACUGCUCGAUCCACCACUAGCUAGCUGCUACCAUCUAUAUAUAUCUACAAAUCUAGAAGCAACACAUAUAUAGACAUAUCCGUAGGUAGCGAGCUCAAGGACUAGUGUAGCUAAUCCAUAUUCCGGCAAGAAGCAGACAGCGAAUCGGCUGCAAGAAAAGAAUCAACCGGUCGAACGACCGAUCAUGACGACGUACAGGGUGUGUUGCUUCCUGCGGCGGUUCCGGGCGGCGUCGAACGAGCCGUCUGAGGCGGUGAGGGACGUGUUCCAGGCGUACGCCGACGGCGGCGUGCUCGGGGAGGAGGCGCUGCGGAGGUUCCUGCGAGAGGUGCAGGGGGAGGCCGACGGCGAGGAGGCGGCCAAGGAGGUGAUGGCCUUCGCGGCGGAGCAGAGGCUGCUCAAGAAGGGCGGCCUCACCGCUGAGGGCUUCCUCCGAUGGCUCUGCAGCGACGCAAACGCCGCGCUUGACCCGCGCCGAGGGGUUUACCAGAAGAUGGACCUGCCGCUGUCGCACUACUUCAUCUACACGGGGCACAACUCGUACCUGACAGGGAACCAGCUGAGCAGCGGCUGCAGCGAGACGCCCAUCGUGAAGGCGCUCCGCGACGGGGUCCGGGUCAUCGAGCUCGACCUCUGGCCAAACGCCGCCAAGGACGACGUCGAGGUCCUCCACGGCAGGACAUGGACGUCGCCCGUCAAGCUGAUCAAGUGCCUCAAGGCCAUCAAGGAGUACGCCUUCGUGUCCUCACCCUACCCCGUCAUCCUCACCCUAGAAGACCACAUCACUCCGGACCUCCAAGCCAAAGUAGCCAGGAUGAUAAAAGAAACCUUCGGGGACAUGCUGUACAUAUCGGAGUCAGAGCACAUGGCGGAGUUCCCUUCCCCCGACGACCUCAAGGGCAAGAUUAUCAUAUCGACGAAGCCGCCGAAGAAGUACCCUCAGACCAAGAGCGGCAAGGAGGAGAUCUCCGCCCACAAGGCAGAGGAGGGCGUCUGGGGGGAGGAGAUCUCCGACGACAAGAAUGCUGCUCGUCAGAUGUCGGAGCAGUACAGCGAGAGGUACGCGGAGGAAGCCGAGGAGGAGCUGGAAGAGGCCGAGAAGAAGGCGAGGCAGGACACCGACAACGAGUACAAGCGCCUCAUCGCGAUCCAGCUCACCAGGAGGAAGCACCACAUGGACGAGGACCUCAAGGUCGAUCCUGACAAGGUGGCGCGGCUGAGCCUGGGCGAGAAGGCGUACGAGAAAGCCACCAGCACUCACGGAGCUGACAUUAUCAGGUUUACGCAGAGAAACUUGUUGCGGAUAUUCCCACGGUCGACGCGCAUUACGUCGUCGAAUUACAAUCCGUUGAUAGGUUGGAGGUACGGAGUUCAGAUGGUAGCAGUAAACAUGCAGGGUCAUGGAAGGAAACUAUGGCUGACCCAAGGGAUGUUCCGAGCAAAUGGUGGCUGCGGCUACGUGAAGAAGCCUGAUGUCCUGAUGAACAGCGACGCAAACAAAUUGUUCGAUCCCAGAGCCAAUUUACCAGUGAAGACUACACUGAAGGUGACGGUGUACAUGGGGGACGGCUGGCGAUUCGACUUCCGCAAGACGCAUUUCGACAAAUGCUCGCCCCCAGACUUCUAUGCAAGGGUUGGGAUCGCAGGAGUUGACGCAGACACGAGGAUGGAGCAGACUCAGGUGAUGAUGGACAACUGGAUCCCGAUGUGGGAUCGCGAGUUCGAGUUCCAUCUGGUGGUGCCGGAGCUGGCGCUGCUCCGCGUGGAGGUGCACGAGUCCGACAACCACCAGAAGGACGACUUCGGCGGGCAGACCUGCCUGCCGGUGUGGGAGCUCAGGCCGGGGAUGCGCUCCGUCAGGCUCUCCGACCACGAGGGCAAGCCCCUUCCAUCCGUCAAGCUCCUCAUGCGCUUCGAGUUAUUCCCCUCUUCAUAAGCUCAGGGUUGUUGCGAACGUGCUGUAUGAUACGAGCACGAGACUGGAAUUGAGAGCGAUUGUUGUUGUCAUUGCUGUUGAUAAACGAGCUAAUAAAGGAUGGAUUCUGCCAUUGGAUGUUGAUAAA